AUGAUGACCGUGCGAGAAGCUACAGAGGAGUGGUGCUCAAUGCUGAAAGAGAUAACAAGAGACCGUACUCCACUAGAAACAACAGUAGAGGAGAGGCAAAUAAUGGUUCUCGUCACAGAGGCUAUGAUAGAGAUCAGAAUGGGAUGCGAUAUUCAGAAGACUGUAGAAGAUCUUCUCGUGGUAUGGGAAGAGAUCGGCGUCCAUCAAGUAGAGGCCCACAUGAUCCAAAGGAUGACGGGGAAACUUCAAAAAAGGCACCAGUGA